CAACGGUUAUGAAUUCUCGGGCGGGACCAUCAAAUUCUUGAACUACGGUUCCAUUCUUCAGAAUUUCAAAAGAGUACUUUAGUUUCGCGGCAGAACUCCAGUCUGGUUUGUUAUAUGCGAGCGCUGGGCCUUGCGGAGGUGGCUUCGGUGUUGGGGCACUAGGCACUGCGAAUUCGGACAUGGAUUCGUGAACAGAAAAAAAGUAGGCGUAAGGUGGGGCAGCGUGGUGCCGUGACUUGCCCUUUUCCAGCUGGCUACGAGAUUGAGUCAAAAAGGUGCCCAAUCCGGAACCUAAAAAAACUGAUUCUUUCGCUGUAGUGACUAAACCUCCUUCCUAAUGGAUUCUCUACCAGACGAGAUUCUGUUUAGAAUCCUGAGAACUUUACCUUCAGAUCCUCUCAGCUUAUGUCGCAUUGCCCAAGUGAACAGACGCUUUAAAAGGAUUGCGGACGACCCAAAGCUUUGGUACAACCUUUUUAUUCGAUGCUACCCGGUAUGGGCCAGCACAGUUCAGUACUCCAGCCGAUACGGUGUAUCUAUCAACUGGAAGCAAUUUGUUCUACAAAUUCGUAAACAGCAGAAGAAUGCAAAGUCAUUCGACUUUAAGCUUGUCGAUGAACGACCUCUUGACGUUCGCUCAGAGGCAAGCGGCACUAGUGACCUUAGCAGAAAACGAAAACUCAGCCACCCUGAUAUCGAAGAACCUGCUCAAGAUAUCCCAUCUGCAAACAGCAGUGAUGUUGAAGAAACCCCUCCUCAGACUAAGCAUGCCAAAUUAAAGGUCUUACAGUCCGAACUGCCCGAAAGACCAGCGUCUGUCCAACUGCCUAUGUCAUCAAGGUCAUCUUCAUCGCCACCGUCAGAAGAGCCCUAUAGACCUACACGUCGGCGGUCCUUUCCAAAUAUCACAUGGGGCCAGGAAACAAGCUCUUUCAACAUUUCUUCAGAUAAUACCCCUCCUCCUCCAACCUCGUUGCAUCGGGGACCGCUUACUUCCAGUCCAGCGGUGGCCGAAGCAUCAGAUACCCCUCGAACUUCAGUCUCCGACUGGAACAGUCAUAGAGAACUUGAAAUCGAACCACCCUUCCGAAUACAGGAUCCCUUGGUGGUUGAUAUCGAUAGGGUGACUGGAACUGGAAUCGUUGCCACUGGAAAACACAGGAAAGAAAGGAUAGACGUCGAAAAUUUAUCUUUACAUGAACGACGAUCAGAGCAUAAAAUCCUCUUUUGGCACUAUCCCUCUUGGAAUCUCGUUAGAGAAUUCGACCUCAGUUUUGCACCAGCCGAAAUGUCUUGUCAAAUAACAGGCAUUCAGUCCAUACGAAUGAGCUCUGGAAAUGGAAAAGAUGACAAGAUGCGACUAUUUACAGUGGCUGUUGGUGUACCGUUAUUCCCAAACGAGGAGGAAGAAGAUGAAGGCGAUAGCGAGCGAGUCGAUGCUUGGCAAGUCAUACUCAUUUAUCGUCUAUUUGACGAUGGAUCGACGCAAUGCAUGGCUAAUUUGAAUGUGGAUAAUAUGUUCCUUGGACGAGAGAUUUUUUUCUUUUCCGACUAUUCAUGGAUGCGCUCUAACGAUGGAGACGAUGCUGACGUACAAGAAACCUGGAAUCGCACUGAUCACAAACGAGAUUCAGUGCAAAGCUGGCUUAAGGCUAUAACUACGCCUUCCAAUGCCAAGUAUGAUCCGCAGUACACUGUUUUUAUGCUAGCGAUUGGUCAGAGUUUACCUCGAAUAUCCGGUACUGGUAUGCUGAUUAAAAUCGACACUCGCGGCCAACCUGAUGCUUUGGAUCCAUCCACCAUGCCUGUCAGAUGGGAUCGUUCAUUACGCCGAUUACAACUCGCAAAUGAUCUAAUACCAUCCACCGACUCCAUACCCAUCAUCAUGUCGGAUCAUAGGAUAUCACUCAUCAACAGACAUAGUACCAGUAGUAGCACCUUGAACCCAGUCAUUGUCGCCACCAUCAAGCUCGGUCUCAAAAUCAGUUGUAUGCUACAUUUCAAAUACCCGCCUCAGUUGAAUCACUUGAUCGUCACUGGAAGCUUUGACAGCGAUGAGCUUGCUAUUUAUGAUUGGCGUUUUGGAGUUCGGGUGGGCAGCCUGCCAUGGACUGGCACAGAUGAGCCAUCUUCAAGUAGACCCGGUCAACCACAGCAACUUUGGCAGCAUAUCAUAGAGCAACCAGAAGAAGGUAUGGACGUAGAUCACCCUCUCCAUAAUGACGACCAGCAAGUAGUACCACCUGAAAUGGAUGCAAAUGAAGAGGAUCAGCACGAGAACGCAGGUCAACCUUCACAACUUCCCGAUAUUGUCACACACCACCAUAUUGAAGAAGAAGAACAAUUAUGGGAAGUUGAUGUGGACGCUGCUAGGCGGCAUAGAGAUGCACAUAUUGCGGAGGAUGACGAAGCGAUGAUGGACGAAGCUAUUGACGAAAUCAAUGACGGAAGAGCUGAGAUAAAACCUUGGGGACUGGAAUCCACUAUGGUGCUACCAGUAUGCUGGUCAUCGUCUCCAGCCCUAAGCAACUCUGUAGACCUGGAAUCGAGAGGUUUCCGGCUCAUUGCUGUCGGCGAUAAUCGACAAGACAAGCUCGGGAUUAAGGUUUGGGAUAUCUCUCACUUGUUGAAUGUGGACUGGGACCCACUUGAUACACAGCAACGGUACGGAUCCAAAGAUCACUAUCCUCCUACGCUAGAAACCUAUCAGUUCCGAUGGUGGUCAAAGGGCUCACCACAACUGCAAAAACUGGCUUUGGAUAUGUUGGCAGCUGAUGUACCUACGUUACUACCGACUCGACGAAAGGCAUCUCAUGGUAUCAAUCUCCCGUACUCACCACCACAAGCUCGACGAGUCAUGCUCCUUACACAUUCAUUCGACAAGGAACAUGUUACUUCCGACAAUGUCAAUAUGCCUGUCAAGUACACAGCAUAUAAUGUCUUGUGCACUUCAUUAUUCCUUCUGACCGAAGAAGGAGAAGUUACGGUCAUGGACAUCGAGACUGGAUCCGUCAUCGCCUCUGUUACCAAUGCAGCUUCGGGUAGUCAAGACCUGCCUCAGCGGAUAAGAGGCAUCGAUGUUAAUGUUAUCGCUGGCAAGGAAAUUGUCGUUACCAGCCGCGAAGGUCUUUUACGAGGCUCUUUAUAGAUAGUAGAACAGUCAUUGUCACUUCAGCUUAUCACGCAUUCAUGUCAUUUUCUUCACGAGAUAUUAUAUCUUUUCCUCUAAA